AUGGCGGCAACCACGUCUCGCGCACAGCUCUCUGCCAUGGCGCGCACUGGCGACCCCGUCGUCGUCGGCCACGGCCCAAACUUCUGGCUCUUUACCAACAAGGGCGUCUUCGACAUGACACACCCUCCCACCCCAUCCUCACCUCCGGUCCACCCCCGCCUCACCCUCCAGACCACCAGGAGCCCCGUCACCAUCGCCCCCACAAAGACCGCCCUCGUCAUCAUCGACAUGCAGAACUUCUUCCUCUCGGCUGCCAUGGGUCGGUCUCGCGGCGAGGGCCACGACGCCGAGGACACGCUGCUUUCCAAGGGCAUCCCCGCCGCCCGCAAGACCGGCAUCCAGGUCGUCUGGCUCACCUGGGGCAUCACCGAUGCCCAGCUCCAAGACCUGCCCCCGACCAUCUGGCGCAUUUUUGGCUGGGAGAGCCAGGACGAGCCCGAGUACAAGGUCGAAGACGACGACGCGCCGCCGGGGACCACAAUCACCGUCCCCGAGAAGAAGGACGAUGGCGGCAUCGGGGCCCCGCUCGGCGAGGUGCGGCUCGACAACGGCACCGUCGUGGACGCGGGUAGGAUGCUCAUGCUGGACCAGUGGAACACGGCCCUGCACCCGCCCAUGGAGCAGUCGUUCCAGCAAGGGCUGCGCGAGGCCGACCCGCCCGACGUCCGCUUCCACAAGCAGCGGCUGUCGGGCCUCUGGGGCGACUCCCAGGCACCCCUCGAGUCGUUCCUCCGCGACCGCGGCAUCCGGACGCUCCUGUUCGCGGGCGUCAACACGGACCAGUGCGUCCUCGCGACCGUCCAGGACGCCUCCAACAAGGGCUUCGAUACGGUCCUGCUCAGGGACGGGUGUGGCACCACGAGCCCAGAGUUCGCGAGGCAGAUGGUCGAUUACAACUGCCAGAAGUCCUGGGGCUUCAUCUCCACCUGUGACGCCUUGGCGGACGGAGUCCAGAAGAUGAUGAUGCACAAGCACGAGGCGGGCAAGGAAGUACAAGGACAAAGCUUUGCCCCGGCAGAGCUGUGAAGGCCUUGUCUAGAAACGUUCGCUGUGUGUGUGUGUGUGUGUGUGUGUGGAAGAGGGUCCAUAUCUGGCCAUCAGUAGCAUGUAAUCAGAACAGGACAUUGUUACAACGAACAAUGAAGAAUUUACGCAGGCCGAGGACAAGGAGAGUAGGA